AGCACAGAAUCCCGCCAGUUGUCGACGUAUACGCACGUAGCGCGCUCGUGCGAAGUAGUGAUAAAAAUCCAGUGUAAUUUAACAAAUUUCGAGUGUUUUUUGUGUGGAUUGACUUUAGAUUCAAUCACAAUGGCAGCAUACCACUUUAUGGGUUUGAUCAUCGUCGCUUCAUUAGGUUUUAAAUCAUGUUAUAGCCAGACCACACAAACCACUCUUCCCAGCCUCCUGAAAGAAGUGGAAGACAACAGUCGGUAUAAAACAUUAGAAGCAAAUGCGACUCUUCUUAAGCUCCUAGUCGACGACAAAGAUGGAGUUAGCAAAUCGGAAGUAUUCGAUAUGCUACAUUCAAGGGAUGACAACACCGACCACAUGGACUUGCCAACGUUUCCGGAAGACGCCGAAGAGGGAAAAGUGGAUGUCCCACUAACGCCGGACUCCCAAGCUGAAUUCUUACAAGCGGACGAAACAGUUCGCAAGGACUCUGAUAGUGCGCGCUACACAGGUGAGCCGGUGGGCGCUGCGGCAGGCAUCAUGGUGCUUGUCACUUGCAGCAUCGUGUGCCUGGCCUACACGGGCCUUAUUGUGUGGAGACGGAUAUAUUUGAAAAGGAAUGGCCUGAAGCACGAGCUUUUACGGAACGAGGAAAUAGUAGCCGAAACUAGAAUAGAGUUGUGAAGAACAAGAUCUGGAGAAUGAGAGCACAUUUUCUUAUCUAAGGCAGCUGCGACUGUAAACUAUAUAAAUAUUAAGACUGAUUUUAGGAGAUUUAGAUAUUUUUGCUACAGUUAACGCAAUGUUUAUUGGAUAAAAGUUCAUGGUCCAUGGCUUUCUAGAACAAAAAUGUUGGUUUAAUUAUUAUUUUUUUAUCUUCAUAUUUUUUGCUUUUGAUAAUGUCGGUUUGACAAAAAAUGUAUUAGAUCGUCUCACAUACAAAAUUAUUAAAAUUUAAAUUAUCUUUAAAAUAAUAUGUGCCAUAUUCUGUGUACAUAAUAACGGAUAAACAAAGGAAUGUGUAUGAUGUUAAUUAAACAUUAGAAAUAUUACCUAUUUAUUUAUAAAUUAAAAUAAAGUCAAAAUAUGUCUGUGAUUUGAUAUUACUGAAGUGUAUGUGUAUGAAAUAUUGCUGGUAAUAUUUAAAAUAAAAAAUUUAAAACU